AUGACCGAUACCGAAUCUGGGAAACGAAAGGCCUCAAGUGCUGGAAUAUCCGGCAAUAGCCGUCCCGUGAAAAGGCGUGCCUCUAAAGCUUGCUGCUGCUGUCGCGCCCGUAAAGUGCGCUGCGAUGUCGUGGAGAAUGGUUCCCCAUGCACCAAUUGUCGAUUAGACCAAGUCGAAUGUGUGGUGACGGAGAGUAAACGCAGAAAGAAAUCUCGCGUCGAGGUAGAGAAUCACUCCGAAUCCCCCGAGGCUUCAGAGGAGAACCAUUUCCAUGGCCGACUCAGUGACCUUUCGGGGUUGGCUGAUUUUGUGCCAACUUCUCCAUCACAGGCCUCGGUGGAUUUGGAUCAGGGCCAACAUAUGCCUCAUUUGCUGUACCAAAAUCAGGCUUCACGAAUCGGCUCCGAUGACCGCUAUCGACGCCGCAUGGCCUCAAACCCAGCAGUUCCCGCCUCCAUGCCCUUGGCCAAUGUCACCUCGCAGAUUCAGCAACUAUUAGAUCCCAACUUUGGCAAUCCCCGAGCCAGUGGCUUUCUCCCAGAUUACAUCCGGGGACUGCCUGCACGACUGCAAAAAGAGGAUAUCGACUAUUUGGCUGUCAAGGGUGCCUUGACGAUUCCCGAUGCUACCCUGCGCAACGAACUGCUCAAGAGUUAUAUCCACUAUGUUCACACAUACAUGCCCCUGCUUGACUUGGAAGAGUUCUUGCAGACCAUAGUCCAGAAUGAUGGUAUUCACCGAAUCAGUCUGUUGCUGUUCCAGGCGGUCAUGUUCGCCGGUGUGGCUUUCAUCGAUAUGGAACAUCUACAGGCCGCGGGCUACCAAACCCGCAAGGCGGCCCGGAAAGUCUUCUUCCAGCGUGCCCGUCUUCUGUAUGACUUUGACUACGAGGUGGAUCGCAUCUCCUUGGUGCAGUCCCUUUUGCUCAUGACCUACUGGUACGAGACCCCCGAUGACCAGAAGGACACCUGGCAUUGGAUGGGUGUCAGUUUGUCUUUGGCCCACACUAUCGGUCUGCACCGGGAUCCCGGAAACUCGCGGAUGGACGUGCGUCGUCAACAGAUGUGGAAACGCAUCUGGUGGAGCACCUAUACCCGUGACCGACUGAUUGCCCUCGGUAUGCGUCGACCCAUGCGUGUCAAGGAUGACGACUGUGACGUGCCCAUGCUGAGUCUUGAGGACUUUGAAUUUCGCCCUUUCUCGCCAGAGAUUGUGGCCAUGGUGGGCAAUUCGGAGAUCCUACAGAAUGUCAGCCACCAGCGUGAGCUGGCGUUGAUGUUUAUCGAAAAGGCCAAGCUCUGUCUCUGCGUCAGCCACGUCCUGUCGGCCCAGUACUCAGUUUUGAGCCACAAAUUCGGCGGCACCAUGGAAACAACCAUGAUGCUCGUUCCAAAGAAAUCAACCGCAGAAACAUUCGAGGUCCGAAGCUGUGACCAAGAGCUGGAGGACUGGCUGGCCAACCUCCCCCUCGAAACCCAAUACACAGCAUCGAACGGUUCCAAACUUUCCGAGGCAGACGAGGUUCUUCACUCCCACCGUGCCCUUUUAAAGAUGGUCUACCUCACCACCUCAAGCGCCCUGCACCGCCCCCAGGUUCUCCCCGCAGUCCCCUAUCCCUCAACAGACGCCGAACUCCAAGAUAUCUCCCGCAACAAGGUCCGAUUCGCCGCAGUUGAAAUCACUGCCAUUGCGCAGGAUCUUCACUGCCUAGACCUCACCCGCUACUACCCAACAACUGGCGUCACAGUCCUCCUUCCAGCAGUCAUCAUCCACCUCCUCGACAUCAAAUCAACAGACCCAAGCAUCCGCAUGACAAGCCUCCAACGCUUCUAUCAAUGCAUGCGAAUCCUCCAACGUCUCCGCGAAAUUUACGCCUCUGCAGACUUUGCCACCUCCUUCCUUGAAGCAGCCAUCCGAAAAGCUGGCAUCCAACUCACCGUCUCUCCCCAAGACGUCUCCCGUCCCCGCACAUCGACUACAGACUUCGAAAAACCAACCCGCCAUACCCUCACACCCCCACCCGAUUCUCUCGCCCAAAAGAUCCCUGACCUCACCUAUCCUCAAAAUGCCCCUGUCGCGCGCUCAUCAGACCUCUUCGCCUCGACACCGCCUCAAUCCGAUGGAAGUGAGAAUGGAAGCACGAAUAAUCUCAACCCGGUGAAGGAUGCUUUCGCCAUGCCUUCGGAGAUGAGUCUGACCGAGCUUAUGGAUCUGGCGAAUGAUGCCGAGGUCACGCAGAAUGAUUUCGAUGCCUUGAUUAAUUUUGAUGAUCCCGCGAACAAUGAUUUCUUUGAAGAGCAGAAUGCAGAGAAGUUCGAUUUCGGCGACAAUGUCAAUAUGCUGUUUGAUUCAGAGCCUAAGGUGGUGGAUUUCGCUUUGGAUCAUGCCGAGCUGAAGGUUUCGGAAUGA